GCGGAAUAGUUCAUCAACAAUUUCCUUACCAGCAACACCAUGGUAUGACUGAAAAUGCAGGAACCGUGUACCAGCCACAGGAAUGUGGAAGUUCACCUAUACAUGCACCAGCUGAAGGUCAGAAUAAUACAACUAUGUUGGCUCAAAAUACGAAAUAUUCCACAAAUUUACCAUCGAUGUCAUAUUCAGUUGUCGGUUUGAAUCAAAAGAAACCAAGUUCCAGUCCAAACUCCCUGCAAAACUGUCUGAAUAUGACUGAUGAACGUUUUCACAACAGGUACAUUUCAAAUUCGUCAACAUCAUCGAUGUAUCAAAACCAUUACCUACAAACAAACCACGGAAUUAGAAGCCCACCGCCGGAAACUCGAAAUACACAGAUUACAAGAAGUCCUUCUCCCAGAAUACCAGAGCAUGAUGGGUCUUUUUCGUCGAUACAUCCACAACCAGUCAUCGAUGUGAAGAAAGAGUCUACUUCACCAAUUCUGGGAAUGCUUUUAAAUAGGACAAAUGCUCCUAAAGUAAGUCCAAGUGUCAGUCAUUCUGCAGGUUACCAAGAAUUUUACAGUCCCUCGCCCUCAGGUACUACAGUACGCGAAUUUACGAGUAAAGACAGGAGUGCAGAAGAACGUGACGUAUCAUUACAUCAUCAAUAUGUUGAUGAUGCGGGAACAUCUACCUCAGCAAAGACAAGUGAAGGUGAAGAAGUCGCCUCUCGUCAAGGCUUCGGGAAUAUUUCUCCACCUCAGAGUCAGAUGGAAUUUCCGCAUGGCCGUUUUGAAGACAGGAAAUUACCCCUGGAUUGUAUGCAGCCGGUAAUACCAUACGGUGUUGACGGUGGCGGACGUGCUAAAGUGACGUCACACAUACAACAAAAUAACUUUUAUCCGUGGAUGAAAUCGUACUCAGGUGAUGUAAACCAAGGGCCAAAGCGUACGCGGCAGACAUACACGAGGUACCAGACAUUGGAGUUGGAGAAGGAAUUCCACUUCAACCGCUACCUGACCAGAAGACGAAGAAUUGAGAUCGCCCACGCCCUGUGUCUCACGGAGCGGCAGAUCAAGAUUUGGUUCCAGAACAGACGCAUGAAAGCAAAGAAAGAAACUAAAUCACCAUUGAUAACAACCAUUUCAUCAGACACUUGUAAUCCUAUAGAAGACAACUUUAAACAACCACAAGACAAGUCCCUACAAGUUGUCAGCACAACUACGACAACACUUCUCCUGGCGAAACAGCUUGAGCACCAACAGAUCUUACUGAAACCGACGAGUCACCCAUCACAUCAAAAUGUAGUAACAACGUGAAAUCGAUUACUAAAUCGAUUUGAUAUUGCAAAUCUUCAAUAAAGAUGCCAAAUAUUUCGGAAUACAGGAAGUCGCUCAGCCAGUAAACUGUUGGCGUUCAGAAUGUCAUCUCCUGUUUUGUUCGGAACUCGAAAGUUGACUUACCAUAAAGACAGUACUCAGAAACUGGUUGGUUUCAAGAGUCAGCACACGGCAGUUUAUUUAGCCCACAUCCAGUGGUAAAAAUCAGUGUCACCCCAUUUAUAUUACAAAUGACAGAAAGCAGAAAUACACGAAACUGAAAAUUGUGUUUCCAUGUGUAUAAUUUAUUCAGACCUGUACACUUGAAUAACUGCGAUUUACUGCUUUUUUUAAACUGGUGUUUCUUGACUAGAAACAAGAGUAAUUAGGAGAAGAGGAGGGGGCGACUUCAGUCACGCGGUAGCAAGGAAUGUCACGUGUUGAAAAUUAAAUUUGUCAGCGUUUUUCCCGCACCAUCCAGCUU